AUGACGAGGCAGGACCAGGGCUUCAUCACGCCGGCCAACGUGGUCUUCCUCUACAUGCUGUGCCGGGACGUCAUCUCGGCCGAGGUGGCCUCGGAUCACGAACUGCAGGCCGUGCUGCUCACCUGCCUGUACCUCUCCUACUCCUACAUGGGCAACGAGAUCUCCUACCCGCUCAAGCCCUUCCUGGUGGAGAGCUGUAAGGAGGCCUUCUGGGACCGCUGCCUCUCCAUCAUCAACCUCAUGAGCCCCAAGAUGCUGCAGGUCAACGCCGACCCGCACUACUUCACGCAGGUCUUCGCCGACCUCAAGAAGGAGAGCGGCGCCGAGGAGAAGGGCCGCCUGCUCAUCGGCCUCGACCGGUGAGCGGGGCCCGGCCCCGCGGCGGCGCGGCAGCCCCCGGGGACGCUCUCGUGGCCGAGACCCCCUCCAGUUUGUGUGUCCUCCCCCCCUUCCUUCCCCGCGCUUCGCUCCCCCCCUCCUGCCACCGCCGCCGGGCUCCCCACGGAGCGGGGCGGCGGCCGUCGGGGCCCGGCUGCCCCCGU